AUGCCCGAACUGCAGGCACCUAGAGCACCGCUGGGUAUGCAGUUUCUCUCGUAUCUUGCACGAGUUUCAGCCGAUAGCCCUAUUUUGGCGAUCACUCAAUACAGCACCGAAGAAUAUAUCGACGGUUCACUAGUUUUCGUAUGUUUUAGCUUGGUAGAAGACUUAUUUCCUUGUAUAUUCUUCAUAGGUUCCGUUGUCGUCUUCUUCGUCUUCCCUUUGGGCAUAUUAAUUUGUGUAUACGCCCUCAUAGCCACAUCGUUGAUGUCACAACCUUUGGCGAUGAUAGCAUCCAGAAAUUUGACAUCUCCAGCCCAAAACGUCAUUAAAUACAGAAAGCAAGUGAUUUUGAUGCUUGGUACUGUAGUUUUGGCAUUUUUUAUUUGUUUGUUGCCGUUUAGAGCUCUUACUUUGUGGAUAAUCAUCGCUCCGGCAGGUUCAAGUUUCGAACUAGGCUUCGAAAGAUACUAUAAUAUCCUGUAUUUUUCCAGAAUUAUGUUCCAUAUUAACUCAGCGGUUAAUCCGAUAUUGUACAAUAUCAUGAGUUCUAAAUUUCGUGGAGGUUUUUUUAAGUUAUGCGGCGCCAAGAGUCUAAGGAAACGGUACCUGAAGAAACCAGAAAUGACUAGGAAAAGUACAAGCUCUUCAACGCACACCUCCUCUCAGCAGACAUCAGAAACUUUCCUCAAAAGUAGCAGGACCUAUUCGAGGCAGUCCAGUAGUCUCAAAGAGGUUAAGGAAGAGGACGAAACGUCGAAAGUUCAUGGGAGGAAUUUGGUCAAAAACGUGUACGUGAGAGCUCCGAUUGAGAUCGUGGCUGGUAUUAAUGGAGAAAAACUACCUAGUGGGGAAAUAUACGUUUGA